AUCCACUCAUCUAUGGCGCAUUCCAUCUAUGUCCCAUGAAGCGGAAAGAAAGCAAAGGCAGUGGCAACAAUAAUGCAACGCACAGCUUAAAUCGAGGCGACUCACAGCGUACACCUUCCAUGUUGACCGCAGUCACACAGAUUGACAGCAACGGUCGCCAAAUUCGCACCUUCCGCCAACCGAGCUAUUAUCGCACAAAUAGCAAUGGCAGCAGCAGCUAUAAAGAGCACGUCAGCCUGUUGCAAGUAUCGCCCACGCCAUCAAUAAUGCGUAAGUCAACAUUGGUGCGCAGCCCACAUCCGAACCAAGCAACACAUUUAUUGGCACACCACACGCAUUCAACGAACUUCAUUGACAACAGCAAUGGUGGCAUAAGUCCGCCACAUUCGACAAUAUUGCUUAGUUAUGACAACCACCGAGGCGGUGUGGCCACCACAAUGAAAGCCCAUAGCAAUCAUUCGCUCAGCAAUCCCACAACGAACGUCGGCACGAAUUUAUUGUCCAAAAAUCCAUUGACAGGGAAUGCGAUGAAUGCGUCCUAUGGCUUGCACGGCUUGAUCGACGAAAGCGUAUCCAGCGUGUAAUCAACAGAUUGCGUGUUCCUCCUAACAAAGUGUAAAUAUCUAUAUAUAUACUAUAUAUAAUGUAUGUAUUCAUGUACAUGGGUGUCAGUAUAUAAUAAGAUUACCUACUCAAAGUAGCAACGAAUGGUUUGUGCACACUAACCGAAUGCCUAAUGGCAACUUGGUGAUAAAUUGGCUGAAACGCUUUUGUGGUUGUUUUUAAAAUUAUUUCAUCGCAUGAAUGCAUGAGGCAUAAAAUAAUUUACUUUUAUAUCUCGUUUUCUAUUUUAAAUUUCAUUAAAAAUGGUAAAAGGAUAAUAAG